AACGUCAACUUUCAUAGACAGUCGGGACGGACGAGCAGAUAUGGCGACUUCACGUCUCUCUGAGAACCUGUUGAAAUUCGUCUGUGAGCUCCAGCCUGGACCUGGAACUGAGCAGAUGUCCAAAGAUGACGAGCAGAGUCUCAGUGUGGAUUAUGAUUCUGUGUCAGUCGUCAUUCCUUCACAAUGCAGCGUUCAUCAGCUGCGGCUGCGCAUCUGUGCACAGGCACAAGAACAAAACUGCCUCACAGAUCCAUUUGCCAUACUUGAUCCCAAGAAAUACGCACUGCUGUAUGCCCGAGAAGAUGACUGGUAUGAGGCGUACGAUGACUGUCAGGUUCUCAGGACGCUGGACAUUCCAUGGUCAAAGGAGGACUCUGACUGUCUGUCGGCGUACAUGCUAGUAAAACCUGUACUGGUGGUUGAUACUGAGGAGAUGAGGAGGCAGCAGCAGAGGUUGACUUACCUGGUGGGUCACGACUUGGAGGAAGAAACUACGGACAGACUUGGGGAUCUCACAUUCACUCGCAGGAAGUUGGCAUCUCUAAGAAGACAGGAGCUUAGGAAUCGGGACGAUGUGCAGUACGCCACAGAUCCCUGGGUAACAUCUGCCCCCAUCACUGAUGAGCUUCAGGAAUGGCUCAACAGAAAUCUCCUCGUCACUUUUCACUACAUGAGCAAGAUCAGCUUCAGUGUACAGGUUGAUUUUAAUGCUACACCUGAAGUUCUUCUCCAGAUUUUUGGAAAAGUGAUGGGAAACCAAGGGCUUGAAUAUGACACCAGUGAAGAUCUGGUUUUGAAGGUUACAGGCAGGGAGGAAUUCUUCACUGGAAACCACACCCUCAUGAAUUUCUUGUGGGUUCGUCGAUGUUUGACCACCAACCAGGAUCUGCAUCUGUCUGUGCUGCCUGUGUCACAGCUCGACCCGGAGACCGUCCAGCUUGUGGACUGGCCACUUGUUGAUGGUUUUAGGGGACAGUUCAGCUCACACGAUGACCUCACUCUCCAGGACAAGGAUCUGGAAGACAUCUUCAUGAUAUCUUUGUGGGACUGCAAAAGGAAGUUCAGAGUCAAACUCCUCGGCUUUGACAUCCCAGAAGUGCCAAGCAAAUGCAAUCAGACUGUUUAUGUUGAAGCGUCCUUACUUUACGGUACGAAGUCCAUGUUUUCCGUGUCUUCCUCCACCAAGCCGCUGGCAGAUGAAGUACUGUGGAAUGAGUGGCUAGACUUUGAUAUUGAUCUCAGCGAUCUGCCGCGUGGAGUCAAGCUGAGACUCACCAUCAACACCAGAGACAGUGACACGACGUCAGCAGCCAAAGAGCAGAAGCAGAGCUCAACCAGCAGAACAUCAGAGUCCAUGAAGAUCAAAACCAGCGUCCUGUACUUCGUCAGUCUCUUACUCAUCGAUCACAGAUCUGUGCUGAGCCAGGGUCCCUUCACCCUGCACAUGUGGCCUUAUGUUAACAAGGAGAACGAUCAGACUGACAGGCUGUCCUCUGCAACCAACCCGGACAAGGCAAACUCCAUGGCCAUCAGCAUCCUGCUGGACCGCUACAACUUCCCUGUGGUCCUCCCAAACGCCCCCAGUGACAAAGCCCCUUCCUUCAGUGCUCCUAUCUUUUCCCGAUCACUCUCCAACACAGAUCCCCUCAGUCCUGACGAGACCAUCCCUCAGCUCACCGACAGUCCUACUCUCAGACCUCCAUCUUCAGUUACCAGCUGCAGAAGAAGGUCUUUCAAAAUGGGGAGUGUCGAGUAUUCCUCCAAUCUGCCUCAGUUCCUGCGCAAGGUUGACUGGAUGAGCCGCAAAGCGGUCGAAGACGUCCACUGGCUGCUGGGAAACUGGGAUCCCCUGGAGCUGGACAUACCGGUGGCACUGCAGCUGCUAAGUAUGGAUUUUGCAGAUGAGGUGGUGCGGAGACUUGCAGUGCAGAGACUGGAGGCCCUGUCCAACGAUGACCUGCUCAAGUAUUUGCUGCAGCUGGUGCAGACCUUGAAGGUGGAACCGUUCCAUGACAGCUUUCUGGCUCGGUACCUGAUCCAAAGAGCUCUGAGGAGCAAGAGAAUCGGCCACUUCUUCUUCUGGUUUGUCCGCAGCGAGGUGGUCAGCAGUCUGUACUUCCGGGAGCGGAUGGCUGUGAUUUUGGAGGCUUACCUGCUGGGCUGUGGUGCAGCCAUGAUCAACAGCUUCAUCCAGCAGGUCCAGGCGGUGGAGGCCCUGCAGGAGGUGGCCAUAAGAAUCAAGAACCUUUACCCUGACAAGACCAACCUGGAUUCUACCACUCCCCUCAAGCUGCAGGAGCUGCUUAGAAACAGUAAUCUGCCGAAUGAAUUCCUGCUUCCCUUUGACCCCCGGAUCAAAGCCGGGAGGAUCCUGAUGGACAAUUGCAAAGUGAUGGCCAGCAAGAAGAAACCUCUGUGGUUGGAGUUUUCCCCCAUGCCUUCACCCUCCUCCUCCACUCCUGUGGGCAUCAUCUUCAAAGAGGGGGACGACCUCCGGCAGGACAUGCUGGUCAUUCAGACGCUGGUGGUGAUGGACUCCAUCUGGCAGGAGGAAUCCCUGGACCUCAAUCUCAUCCCGUAUGGAUGCAUCGCGACAGGACACAACAUCGGCAUGAUUGAAAUCGUGAGAAAUGCUGUGACUCUGGCUGCGAUCCAGAAGAGCUUCGGAGGAUCCGCUGGAGCCUUCAAGAACAACGCUCUGUUUGAGUGGCUCAAGUCCAAGUGUCCCCUCCAAGAAAUACACUAUAAGACAGUGGAGCGCUUUGUGAAGUCCUGUGCUGGGUACUGUGUAGCCAUGUAUGUUCUGGGUAUCGGAGAUCGACACAACGACAACAUCAUGAUCACAGACCAAGGGAAUCUGUUUCACAUCGACUUUGGUCACAUUCUGGGAAACAGAAAGCUGUUCUGGGGUAUGAAGAGGGAGCGCGUGCCGUUCGUCCUCACUCCUGACUUCCUGUACGUCAUGGGCCGAGUUAAGAGUCACAACAGCCUCUACUUUAAUAGAUUUGUGGACACUUGCAUCCAAGCGUACCUCCUGCUGCGCCCCCAUGCCCAGCUGCUGGUCACUCUCUUCUCGCUCAUGCUGCUCACGGGCAUCCCGGAGCUCAGCACGGCGGAGGACAUGCGUUACCUGAAGCAGGUGCUCCAGCAGGAGCAGAGCGAGGCCGAGGCCAAGGAGCACUUCCUGCAGCAGAUCUCUGAGUGUCAGAAACAGGGCUGGACCGUGCAGACCAACUGGUGGAUCCACAUGGUGGCAGGUAUAAGAUAGACCCCCCCA